AAGCGCCGUGUCAACACGUGUCUUGGGUUCGCGUUAAAUGUAAUCAAAGUUUUCCGCGAAAGUUUCUCGUUAUAUAUGAGUGGAUUAAAAAUAUUGUGUUUAGUGAAUGAGCUGUAUCCUCGUGGUUUAUUGAUUAAUAAAUAAAUCGGAACAUCAACAUACAACACUGUAUGUGAUGGAUAAGAGUUCGCAGUAUUUAGAACCUUCGGCCGCGGAACCUUAAAAAGCAAUAAAGUACAUCUAAAAUAAAAGAUCAAACGACAGCCUGCAUCUCAAAAACUAAGUGACAAAGUACAAUGUAAAACAGAUGCCCAACCGCACAUGAUUUCAAUCGCAAACUUCACCCACACAUCAAAUCACACAAUCCAAUACAACACACACACAUACAAAAAUGCGACACACACGCGCGACUCCGAGAACCUGUUCGAGAGGUACGAGAACAGCACCUACAAUGGUUCGAUCAGCAAUACCUCAUUUGACGGCAAUUUUACUGAAUACGCUGAAAUACCGUAUUACAUAAAGGCGACCUCCAUGACUUUCUGCAUAGUUAUAAUGUGUUUGGGUGUGAUAGGUAACGUUAUGGUGCCGAUAGUGAUACUGAAGACGAAGGAUAUGAGGAACUCUACGAACAUUUUCUUGGUGAAUUUAAGCAUUGCCGAUCUAAUGGUGUUGUUAGUCUGUACGCCAACCGUGCUUGUGGAGGUCAACUCGAAACCGGAGACGUGGGUGCUUGGAAAGGAAUUGUGUCUUGCAGUACCAUUCGUGGAACUUACAGUUGCCCACGCUUCAGUGCUCACGAUUCUAGCCAUCAGCUUCGAGAGAUACUACGCGAUUUGUGAACCUCUCCGUGCGGGCUACGUGUGCACAAAAACGAGGGCUACCCUCAUAUGCGCAUUAGCCUGGUUCUUCGCCGCUUUAUUUACUAGUCCAAUCCUGGCGAUAGCGGAGGUUCAAACGGUAACGGGACAAGAUGGGACCUUCCAACAAUGUCUGACUCAAGCCGCCACCUUCUGGCAGAUAACGUUCUUCAUGACCGUCAUCGUCUUCUUAUAUCUGCUACCUCUGUUUAUCCUGGUCGUUCUCUACACUGUUAUCGCUAAAAACUUAAUAACAGCUGCAUCUAAAGUUGUAUUAAAUAAAACUGUGGAUCCGUAUAAUGUGAGAGCUAGGAAACAGGUCAUCCUGAUGCUUGGCACCGUAGUUCUGUGCUUCUUUCUGUGUCUCAUGCCUUAUAGAGUACUGGCUUUCUGGAUAAUCGUUACACCAUCAGAACUAUCAGAAACUGUCAGUCCAGAGAAAUGGUACAACAUUCUAUAUUUUUCUAGAAUAAUGCUGUACAUUAACUCGGCUAUAAAUCCAAUAUUAUAUAACCUAAUGUCAUCCAAAUUUCGUAUCGGAUUUUGUAAGAUAUGCAUUUGCUACAAACAAAACUCAGAUAGUACACAGAACAGGCGCGUCCAGAGGACUGUUACAAAUGGAUCGACAACUAGCAGCAGUCUCACGAGGACGACGAAUAGUUUAAAGAAAUUAUUUACACAUAGAAGUAGCUUAGACAAGAGCGACGUACACGUAAAUACAACUACCAAAGACGAAGACUCAAACAAAUCCAAUGGAUUCUUUGUAAAGAUGCUGACGAGCAAACGAUUUAUAAGACAGCAAUCAGCUCCGGUGUGCUCGAGUCCAAAAACUAAAGCAAUCAAUAGAAUGAGGAGUGAAGGGAGUAUGCUCGAAAUAUCAGACGCUUUGGGCGUCAACAAAAACAAUGGAAGCGGCGGCGAUACGACGAAAUUUAUUAGACAUUCCACUAUAAGUAAAGAUAUAUCAGAUAUUGAAUUAGAGCCUAAUCGGAGCCACGGAUCGCUGAGGCGAAGUGUCCUAAUAAACAGCGCAAAGGCGAAGAGCCUGGAUGACCCGAAUAAGAAGUUUGUGUCCUACCGAAAGAUAAAAGUCGACUGCGUGGUCGGCUUCGACAAGUCCAGGAGUGUGUGUGACUCACCUGAAAGUUUCGUUUGAAAUACAUUUGUAUAGAAAAUUUACUUUGCGAAGUUUCGUCAUAGAACUUUAUUAAUAUUUGUAUUCGUUUCAAAUGAGAUACGUACGUAGUUUUAUUUAGACUGAUUUAUAUGAUAAGUGAGGUGAAGUCAUUAAAAUAGGAGUCGCUUUUGGGAAUUGAGCAUUGUGAAUUUCUGUGUUGAUGUGUUCAUGAUUUUUAUGAUAUAUAAUAUAUUUAUAAUGUUGUUGUAUUUAUAAUUACAAUAAAUCAGCUUAUUUAUUAUACUAAGCUUUACAAUAAUUGUUGAAAAAAUUGUUUUUAGAAUAACUGAAUGAUUUAUGUAUCCGUUUUGUAAUUACUUGUAUUAUCAAGAAAUAAACUGAAUAUAAAUGGU